AUGGACGGUAGUCCUCGUUUUUGUGUGGAUUAUAGACGUUUGAAUUUGAUUACUGAACGGGAUGAGUAUCCGCUACCACGAACUGACAACAUUAUCGAUAAAUUAGCGGGAUUAAAAUAUUUUACAAUUCUCGAUCUCAAAGCGGGAUACUGGCAGAUCCCAGUUGAUGAACAAGACAAAAAGAAGACAGCAUUCGUGACAACCGAUGACUUGUACGAAUUCAAUGUACUUCCAUUUGGUCUAUCCAACGACCCGCCACAUUCCAACGCAUAA